UUUUGGUAUGCAAUGAAAUAGAGCUAGCAUUCAGGCGGGUGUUAAAUUUUCGAUCAAAACAACUAGGAAAAAUGAUAUAACUGAUCGAAGUGAGGAAUUGCAGUCUGCUAGGCAUUAAUAUGGAGUUUAACCUAUUAUAUUGAACCGAUUUAUAGGAACAGCAUGAAAGUAUUGAAACAUUUGUUCUAUGUGAAAAGUUUAAAAGACAGCGGAAAAUAAUCUUGCGGAUUUAUGACAUUUAUUCCUUUCCACAUUACUGUUAGUGUUUCAGCCAAGGAAUUGCAUGGUUAUGGUUGAUUUUCUAUCAUAAACCGAAGACAAUUGUACCGUCAUUCCACUCGUAAUCAUUUAGAAAAAGCAGCUGAUUAGAAAGCAUUAAUGAACUUGUGGCUACACUAUAUGUUUUAAGCUUUUUCGAGCAAUUUUUUUACUUUUCUUUUUAAGAAUGUUAUGUGUUGUCUGCAGUGUAGUAGACGAGUUGUAAUCUUUCGGUUGAGCGACAAGUCUAUAAUGAAUUUGAUAAGGAAUCAAUUUUCUAAAUGAAGUGGUAGAAAAUACGUUCGGCUAGUACAUUUUCUCAAUACCUCGAACGUUGUUGGUUCCUCCCCUACUUGUAUGUUUCAAUUACUAAUGACAGGGGAGGGUGCAUUUGACAAUUUUACGUUUCGUACAUGCCUGACACUGAAACAACAUAAUUACAAUUAUAACAUUGACGCUGGAGGAGACAUGUAAAUCGUUUUUUCACCCGUCUCUGAAGAAGAGGAAGGCAUCACGAUGGUCUGGCAACCGAGCAGUGUCCUUGUCAACGGCCUGAUCCUGCUAACGUUCAGCCUACACAGUUUCGUCACGGCAACGAACCCCAGCAGCGCCAAGUUCUACACCAUCCACUGGAACUCCUCGAACCCGAUCUUUCGCAUCGACAACACCGACAACGUGAUCGACGUGAACCGCUACAACCUGAAGUUCGAGUACGACCAGGUGAACCUCAUCUGCCCCGUGUACGUCCCGGGCACCCGCGACGAGGAGAUGGAGAAGUACAUCAUCUACAACGUGUCCAAGGACGAGUACGACACGUGCCGCAUAACGAACCCCAACCCGCGCAUCAUUGCCGUCUGUGACAAACCGUAUAAGUUAAUGUACUUCACCAUAACGUUCCGGCCGUUCACGCCGCAGCCGGGGGGCCUGGAGUUCCUCCCCGGGCACGACUACUACUUCAUCUCGACGUCGACCAGCGACGACCUGCACCGGCGAAUAGGCGGCCGGUGCACGACGCACAACAUGAAGAUCGUGUUCAAGGUGUGGGGGCCCGCGCAGACGUCGCCGCCGCCCGCGCCCGCCACCGUCUCGCGGUGGUGGCCCGUCACGUCGCCGCGCUCCACCUCCACGAGCUCGACGACGACGACGACCAGCACGCCGCCGCCGGUCACGACGACGAAGAAGUCCAAGACCUACGGCGGCAAGCACCCCAACGAGGUCGGCAAGAGCGAGGAACUCACGCUCGGCGGCGGCGCCGCCGUCGGGCCGGUGCAAGUGCUGGUGGUGUGUGCGGUCGCGGUGCUGCUCGCGAUGCGAUGAAAUUUUUCGCGGUACUAAGUAGUUAAGAUGAUUAAAUAAUAAAGAACGUUACGUGUCCCUUUGUGUGUAAUGUACUGUCACGAGUUAUUUUUAAUGAGGAAAAACGACCUAAAACUAUCCUAAUUUUAUAUAAAUAUUGGUAACUAUUAGGCGAUUAAGGUAAAUUAUUGUUCCCACUUCUCAUUUUCGAUCGUCGGUUUUAGAUGCAAACCAGUCCUCGGAUUUAUUAUUGUGUAUAUUUUAGUAACGAAACCGACGACUGAAACCUGACAAUAUAAUUUUUUAUUCGAUUAUCCAUUAUUUUUAAUAUGAAUUGGUGGUGUACAGUUUUUUAUAUGUUGGUGUAGACACUGAAGAUAAUAAAAUAAGAAAAAUAAUUUAAUGCGCAAGCGCAUUGUGACCAAUUCAACGGACUAAACAAAAAAUGUGUAAAUGUUAUAUUUUUCGGUCAGUUGAUUAUUUCGUAGAUUAUAAACAGUGUUGAACAUUUCAAAUAACGGCGUAUUUGUAUAACUGUGAAGACUGAUAAUAGUUUUUAUUGUGUUAAAUAUAAAGUAUUAAUAUCCUUAAUAGCAUAAUCUUGGCGUUUUUAGUCGACAUUUCACUCAACCUCCAUGUACUUAUUACGCGGUGACAGUUUUGUUUUACAGUAAAUGGUUGUGAUUAUUUACCCUUUUAUAGUGCCAGUUUACAAAUUAGACUAAUGCAGACUUCCACUUUAUUUAUUAAUUUAUUUAUUUUCUCUCUAUUUAUACAUCACGGUAGCUUUGUAGAUAGUAAAUUAUUUCACCUUAAAAACUAAACAGGGUGUCGAAUUAACACGCUGUUUAGUAGUUACUUUUAUUCUUCAGGAUAGCCCGGUGAAAUUUACACUUUGCAUAGGAUUUGUUCGUGUCAAUUAUCCUGAAGUGAGGUAGAUUUGUGCAAUAUAAGCUUUCAAUAAUACUCAUCAAUUCUCUCUAUCACACUGUCCAUUUUGAUCUUGCCAUGUAAAAUUAAGGCUUUAAUCGAACAAUACUCCAUCGCACUAAAAACGCCAGAUUGAAGAUGAUUUGUGUCUAGAAAAGUAGUUUUACGAUAUUGUAAUCAGAUGUACUUUUAAUUGCAAGCCAUAGUGAUAAAUAUUUAACUUAUAAAAAACGAAAAUAGCAAUGAUACCAACUGAUCUUGGUUUAUUUAAGUUUUUAACAUAUUUAUUGGGUGACGUUUAGUAACUUCUGCAAACACAUAAACAUGUAAACGGUCGCUUCUUGACGACUCCAUAUAUUUUUCCUUAAAACUAUUUUAUCGAAAUGCUCUGUAUAUAUUUGUAAUUGGUUUUAACAUACGAAAUUUGUGUUACAUUUUAAUAGGUAAACACACUGUAUGUAUUACGAUUGUAAAAUGCACUCACUAUAUAUACAUAAUAUUAUAAAUAUACAUACAUGCCAUUUU